AUGCAUUUUUUAGAAGAGGACGGGAGUUCAGAGGUAUUAGAUACAUUUGUUAUUAAUGAAGAAUAUGCUCGACGAUAUGAACAUAAUAAGGCACGGGAAGAGCUACAUCGCUUAAAAGAUAAGUAUGGAAAUGAAUAUGAAGAAGAUACGGAAGACUCAGAAACAGAAGAUGAAAUUGGAGAUCUUGCAACACCGUCUAUGAAUGCUGCAAUUUUGGAGACUAUCUUUAAAAUACGUAGUAAAAAUCCGGAGAUUUAUAGAUCAGAUGUAGAUUUUUAUGGGCAUUUGAAAGAGGAAAGAGUAGUCCGAGACAAGUCGAAACCACUGCGUUUGAGUGAUUACCAUCGUGAUCAGCUGUUGAAUCAGCAUCCAAAUGAGCAUGAAGAAGAGGAUGAUGAUAAGGGAUUGUGUAUUGUACGUGAACCAACAUAUGUAGAUGAACAACGUGCUUUAAAAGAAGAAAUAUUGAAUGUUGUACAUGAGGAAACAGUUGAUGAUGACUUUUUAACCCUACGGAAAAAAAGCAAAGAGGAGUUAGAAGAGGAGGAUGAAGCAUAUAAGGAUUUUUUAAUGAAUAGAGUUAGUGAUAAAGCGGGUAAAGAUGUCCUGCGGCAAUGGAUUGAUGUUAGUAAUAAGAUAUUGCAUGAAACUCCUUCCAAUGAGAUAGAUGAUGAAAAAUUUUUGUUUAGCUAUGUUCUUAAUCGGGGAUGGAUUGAUAGGGAUGAGAAUCGUAUUGCCUCUUAUGAUGAGGUUAUUAAAGGACUUGAAUCAGAUGAAUCAUUUGAUGAAAAAGCGGAUGAGUUUGAGGCGAAAUAUAAUUUUCGUUUUGAGGAAAAUGAUGCAAAUCAAAUUGUAAGUUAUUCUCGAAAUAUUACAUCUCUACGUCGAAAAAAUGAGAAAAGAAAGUAUUUACGAGAAAAGAAGAAUCAACUAAAAUAUAUGGAAAAAUUGAAAAAAGAAGAAGAAAUAUCACGUUUAAAAAAAUUAAAAAAAAAAGAAUUGACAGAAAAACUUGAUAAAAUUGCUAAAGUAACGGGUGAUCCUACUCUUAAUUUUGAAGAUAUUGAUAUCGAAGGUGAUUUUGAUCCCGAUCGUUGGUCAGCACGUAUGGAUGAGAUUUUUAAUGAUGCAUAUUAUAGUAAAAAAGAAAAGAAGCCUAUUUUCGAUGAUGAAAUAGAUAUAACAGACAUUGAUCCAGAUUAUAAAGAUUUUUUAAAAGAUAAUAUUGAUACUGAGGUUUUGUCUGGAGAAUAUCAAAAAGGUCAAGGAUUUGAGCAGAAUACAUCGAUUACUAAGCUGUCAAAAAGAGAAAAAGAAAAUAGAAAGAAAAAACUUGAUUCUAUGUUAGAUCAUCAUUAUUAUACAAUUGAUGUUAAAGAAAAUGGUGAAUUUAAGUAUCAACAAGUCGAUCCCUAUGUUUUUGGACUUAGUCGUGCUGAUAUUUUAUAUGCAAAUGAUAAUGAAUUAAACGAAUAUGUAAGCCUUAAAAAACUUACUCCUUAUAAAAAUAAAGAGUUACAUGAAAAAGAUAAGAAAAAGUAUGGGAAAAAGAAACGCCUUAAAGAGUGGAGGAAGAAGAUUUGGGGGGAGCAUUAUAAUAAUCAAAAUGAUACAAUUAUUGAAAAGAGUAAUGUGAAUAUUACGCUUGAUGAUAAAAAAUUAAAAAAGAAAACAUAA